AAGCAGUCGUCCCUCUGAAUCCCGCUGUUUUCGGCGUCCUACUCUGAGCAAAGAUUGGAUCGCGCCUCUGUCGUUCCCCUCAGCUCACACAGCAGCUACUGACUGCUCCGUCUGGCAUCCCCCGCGCUCACCCACACCCACAGCUGCUCGCGUGCACGCCGAACUCACUCCCUCACUCACACACUCAAACACACACGCGCGCUCACCAGCGCUCUCUCCCACACAACAGGAUCGCUGUUGUUAGGAAAGAGGCUCUAAAUUUAGGCCUAGACGGUUCAGAAGUUUUCCGAGUGGGUUUGCCUGCUUCCCACGAGGUGGCUGGAAAAGUUUCGGCAACUUUUCAUAACAUUUAUUCCAGGAGUAAGAUACUACGAGAGUUAAUAACGUAGGAAAGUAGUUUCAGAUUCACGUACACUGUGAAUAGUUGACCAUGUGAGUGGGAACGCUUCACUUGAAUGGUUGUCCUGGAUAAAUCAAAUUAAACAGAAAUUGACGUCCAGAUGAGACAAAGAACUAGAUCUAGAUAGAUUUCCUUUGUAAGUAGACUCUAGAUCUAGAUAGUAGUGCACAGAGCUUGCUGUUCAGAGGGAAUGUACGCUAUACAAAAGCUGCUUAUCCUUAUUUUCUAACUUAUCUAAUCUAAAGCUGUGAUAAUCAAAGUUUAUUCUCCAAGGACUCAAGGAGAGAAGAAAGCGGGUUUUUACACUUUUACUUUGACCUAUUCGUGCCUGAAGAAAACUUUGAGGAGUUGGUGAGCAGCACACAUGAGAUACGCCUCAGGAGUAAGCGGAGGAGGCAACAGCCAGCAGAUGUAGACGGGUGGUGGUUCCCUCGUGUCACUGUGCUUGCCUUAUCUUUCGCUCGCGCCAACUUGUGAGAGGGAGUGAGUGAGUGAGCGGGCACUGGGCGCACGUGUUUUGCCUCUACAGAGCCUGUGCACCUUUGCCGUUCUUUCUGUUUUCUUGUGUAGCGUGUUUUUAUUUUUGUUUUGUUUUUUUACCGUGCCUUGUUCCUGUGUGCUCUGGCAAACUACGUGGUAUACUGUGUGCAGGACCGGGUUUUUUCCCCAAUCCGAACCGAGCACUUUUGGAUUACCGAUUCCGCUUCUCUUCGUUCAAAUUCAUACCGCUCGCACAAAGAGCUGUUUCUGGAGAUUUCUUAAAAAUACACAAUGGAAAAAGCUUCAAUUGGAUAAAUGAACUAAACCGGUUGGAAUACCUACAUACCCCUUUCAACUGCUCAUCACUUGUUGGAGUUUUUGGUGAUUCCUUUGUCUGUGGCCUCACACCGAGAUCAUGUCUUACUGGAGCUUCAGAAAGAUGCUGGGAACUACCACUACAGCAGCCUGGAUUUACGUGUGUGCUUUCUAUUUCCUUACUGUUGGAUUUACCAUGGGCGUUGAUGCAGUUCCCGCCAUGCACCUGACCUUCUACAGAGACAGUCUUCGGGGGAUUCUCCAGCGCUGUCCGGAUGGAUAUUUUGGCUUUAAGUGCAAGUUUGAGUGUCACUGCGAGGGGAACAGAGUCUGUGACAAGGUCACCGGAAGUUGUCCCCGCGGGUGCAAAGAUGGCUUCUGGGGCCCCGGAUGUCAGCUCG